CUGCUUCUCGUCUCGCUACCUUAGUAUACUUCAGCGCCGGACCUUCUACUCUGGGGGAUCUUUGGGUAUAACAGGCGGCGGCUGGGGCAUCACCGCCAUGGCCGGUCCUCAGCCGAAUCCCACUACGGUGUCAAACUUCUUGUCUACGCGUCGUGCCCUCCUCGACACUCUCACCUCUUUCCUCACGGUUGCAACUCACCACAUCCUCUAUCUGCGCCGGAUUUACCCUCCGGUCUCAUUUCUCUCUGCAAGAGCUUACAACUAUCCCGUUCGCCAGAACCGUCAUCCCGCAGUCUGUGCGUGGGUCAAUGAUGCCGUGUCCGCAAUCCGCAACCAACUCGAUAAGAACACUGUCGAAAAGGUUCUACUAUGCAUCUAUGAAUGUGAUGGCAAUCGCGUCCUCGAACGCUGGACGUUUGAUCUCCGGUCUUUCCCUUCCCUCGUCAACGAUGACGUCGACAUCCCGUUCGAGUCCACCCCAUCAGAUGACGGCGACCUACUGAACAACCAAGUCAAUCUCGCUGACCUAGAAGCCAACUUUCGAGCCACCUUGUCCCGGAUCAGCACAUCGGCAGCCCGACUUAGACCUCUCCCCGAAGGGCCUGGUGCUCCUGAAUGCAGCUUCACGUUGGCUAUUGAAGUAAAGGAUCGGGCUGACCGUCCCGUAGGCCGAAUUGAGAAGGAGGAGCGGAAAUGGAUUGCUGCAGAACCACAGGCGUCUCGGACGUCUUCGACCCCAAGACGUCAAGGAAAUGAUAAAGAACCGACCUCUCCGUCUGCACGAACCCACCCGGUCCGUCGAGUUGAAGCAGGAGAGCUGCAAAUGGAAGUCUGGGUAGAAGAAGCAGCGACCAAGUUUGAGUUUGACCCCCCAUCCACGUCGCCAGGGUCGUCUUUACCCCCGGAUCAAAGAGCAGCAAAUAUGUCAUACGGCGCGGGAAAAGAGAAGUUCGAUCCUGAGAACAUGUAUACAUACGAUCUCGAGCCACCGGAUGUAAACCGCAAGCCGCAGGGCGGAGCCAUGACAGACUAUCAGCGAGGAUGAAAUUCGUAUUUGGGAAAGAUAUCAUUGCCACUGGAUUUGCAAUGGGUCAUAUUUCUUAGGGUGGGAGUGAGCGCGCUUCUUGACCAAUUCGAGCUUUCUCGUGGGUAGGAGGGAAUUGUGCUGAAGGUCAGAGGAAGUAACCUCAGUGGCCGGAUACUUCGAGUUUUGUG